AUGGGUUCACACACGCCGGCAGAAGAUACUCGCAGCGUUCGCCAACCAUCUACAGCUGCAAGGCCAUAUAGAUCACACAAGUUCCCUGUAUGCGAACGAUGUAGGAAACGCAAACCACGUUGCUCUGUGAGAAUCGCAGGACAGCCCUGCGGUCCAUGUAAGGGAUUGGGUGCAGCUUGCGUUCGACCUCAGAAGGAACAGAUACCUUCUAGUGAAACGAUGCGACGAGGCUAUGGGACCUGGAAUCAGAAUCAUGUCAAUCAAGCAGCCAAACGCCACCGCAUCAGCUAUGGCGAUGAUUCUCCACGCGAGUCAGGGAAUGAAGAUUGGACAUCGCCGUUGCAACCUCAACAGUGUAAGACCUCAGCAGUCCAUAUUUCCCGAAAUGAGAGCGACGAGACGUCGAGAAGUAAGUCUGCCACGUUUGUAAGCACAGUCAUGGCCGAGAACGUACAAAUGAUCCAGAAUUACAUGUCGUUGCAAGGUAGACUUCACGGUGGUGGUAGCAAUCGAGUCUACGCCACCGUCUCGGACAACCCCAAGGAUCCAGCUUUAUGCCUCACAGUUUAUCGUAGACGAGAAGGUCUCUCGUUAAACAAUUAUAACUUCCUCCACCUCUACCGACCAGGCAACAAAAGCUUGUCUGCUGCGAUGGUGUGUGAUUUGCUUGCUUCGUCCCUUAUAUAUUGUCAUCGAUCCGAGAAACUGCGCCAGUAUUCUUGUUCAAACAUUCAGUAUGCUUGGAAUCUUGCAGUUGUUGCUCUCCAAGAAGAAUUCACGGCUCCUGGCUCAUCAACAGUACUUCACACUGACUCCAGAGAUAUUGCUGCAUUACUAGAUCUGAACGGAAGGCCUACAACGUCAAUCACCGGCAAUACUAUUACCAGUAGCAAAACCAUUAGCUUGUCACACAUUCUGGGCCUUAAUCGCGAUCCAAAAACAUGGAAAAUCUCUGAUUCUGAGAGAUCCAUGAGGGUAGGGUGUUCUGAUCCAUGAUCGUUGGUGAGUCUUUUGUUUCAACAAGUACCCCGCUUUAAU